GCCUUCGGGCUGAGCUCCGGCGGCGGGGAGAAGUCUUCCUCUCUUCUGAGGGACUCAGGGGCCGCGUGUUCUCGUCCCGCCCAACUGAGUAAGUACAGGAGCGGCUGAGACUGUUGUGUUCAAGCGGCCCGCCAUGGCUGAAGCGUCCUCACUAGUCCGACUGAACUAUGACCAAGACUGCGAGGACGCUGUCAACAGCCAUAUCCAGCAGCAGCUUCAGGCCUCCUUUGUGUACUUGUCUAUGGCCUCCUGCUUUGACCGUGAAGACGUGGCCCUGGAGAAUUUAAAGCGUUUCUUCCUGAGCAAGUCACAGAGAUGCAAGGCCAGUGCCGAGAUGUUCAUGCUCCUGCAGAAUAAGUGUGGAGGCAGCAUCGUCCUUCGUAACAUCCCAAGACCGGACCACGACAGUUGGCAUGGGGGCAUCCACGCCAUGGAGUGUGCCCUCCACAUGGAGAUGACCAUCAACCAGAGCCUGCUGAACCUGCAUGAAUUGGCCAAGGGAAAAGGCAGCACCUACCUCUGCGACUUCCUAGAGAAUCACUGUCUGGAUGAGCAGGUCCAAGUUCUGAAGGAGAUGAGCAGCAAUCUGAGCAGCCUGCGCCAGAUGGAGGAUCCAGAGAACGGCUUGGCUGAGCACCUCUUGGAAAAGCUCAGCCUGUCCUAAAGCCUCCAGUGGACUGGACUGGGAUGUCCCCACUGCCAUGGGAUCUUCCUCUGGUCAUCACACCUGAUGUUCAUGUUGCUUUUGAAGCAAG